AUGCUACAGUUAUUGCAUUCUCAACUGUUUCCUUCUGUCUUUCUUUCAUAUCCACUUUCUAUCUGUCUAUCGAGCUAUCUAUCUCAGUCUGUUCAUAUCUAUCUAUCUAUCUAUCUAUCUAUCUAUCUAUCUAUCUAUCUAUCUAUCUAUCUAUCACAUCUUUUUAUAAUCUAUCUAUCUAUCUAUCUAUCUAUCUAUCUAUCUAUCUAUCUAUCUAUCUAUCUAUCUAUCUAUUUUGGUCAGUUCAUAUCUAUCUCAGCCACCAGCUUACUGGCAUAUUUGGUGGGGGAUAAAACUUCCAGUUUUAUCUAUCUAUCUAUCUAUCUAUCUAUCUAUCUAUCUAUCUAUCUAUCUAUCUAUCUAUCCACUGCUAAUGACUCUCACAUAUUUCUUCAUAUCUAUCUAUCUAUCUAUCUAUCUAUCUAUCUAUCUAUAACAUUCUGCUCAUUUAUCUCAGCCACCAGCAUGUUCUAG